CUAUCAUCUUCUCUCUUCUUCACUUCUUCAAUUAUUCAACUCAUAAGUCGACCAUCAUGGCACCCAGACGUCUAUGGCCCUGCACGGUGUUACUUACGGCGCUGGGCGCUGUAACGGCAUCCGAGCUUCAGAAGCCCUUAACAUCGCAACAGGGUCCUCUAGUCGCUGAUAGCGCAUUCGCCAAAUCGUUGGUUGACACCGACAAGCUGCAGGACAGCAUCAAAAUAGACAACCUCCUAGACCGCGCCAAAGACCUUUUUGAGAUUGCCCAGUUAUCCGAGCCGGAAUUUGGACAUCCUACUCGAGUUAUCGGAAGCAAGGGUCAUGCUGGAACAUUGGAUUAUGUGUACUCUGCCUUAGAAGGACUCGGUGAUUACUAUACCCUUUCAAAACAGCCAUUUCCUGCUGUUAUGGGAAAGGUCUAUGAAUCCCGCCUGGUCAUUGGUCACGAUGUGCCUGAGUCCGCCUCGCCAAUGUCACUAACUCCCCCGACUGCAAACAAGGAGCCAGUUUACGCAAGACUUGUUCUUGUCGCAAACGACGGGUGUGAAGCAUCUGAUUAUUCGUCUGAUGUAGCAGAAAACAUUGCUUUUAUCCUUCGUGGCACGUGCCCUUUUGGUACUAAGUCACAGCUUGCCGGCAAGGCUGGUGCGGUCGCAGCAAUUGUGUAUAACACCGACUCGGGGGAGCUCUCCGGCACUUUGGGUACCCCUGUUCCCGAACAUGUUGCUACGUUUGGUUUGUCGGGUAAAGAUGCCGCUCCCGUACUUGAGAAGUUAAAGGCGGGCAAGGUUGUCGAUUCGAUCGCGUACAUUGAUUCCGAAGUGAACCAGAUUCAGACUACCAACAUUAUCGCACAGACCGUCGAGGGAGACCCGGAUAAUUGCGUCAUGCUCGGUGGUCAUAGUGAUAGCGUUUCUGAGGGGCCCGGUAUCAACGAUGACGGUUCGGGUAGCUUAACGCUCCUCGAAGUCGCCACUCAAUUGACUAACUUUAGCGUCAAUAACUGUGUACGUUUUGCGUGGUGGGCCGGAGAAGAGGAGGGCCUUCUCGGAUCGGAUUACUACGUCGACGUUUUACCGUUGGAAGAAAACCUCAAGAUCCGACUUUUCAUGGAUUACGACAUGAUGGGAAGCCCAAACUUCGCCUACCAGAUUUAUAACGCGACGAAUGCUGCCAACCCGGUGGGUUCGGAGGAGCUCAGAGAGUUGUACGUUGAUUGGUACACGAGCCAAGGCCUCAACUUUACCUUUAUCCCCUUCGAUGGACGUAGUGACUACGAUGCUUUCAUUCGCAACGGUAUUCCAGGUGGCGGUAUCGCAACAGGCGCCGAGGGCAUCAAGACCAAAGAGGAGGAAGUCAUGUUUGGUGGCAAGGCAGGCGAAUGGUAUGACCCAUGCUAUCACCAGCUGUGUGAUGACAUUGGCAAUGUCAAUUCAACUGCGUGGUUAGUGAAUACCAAGCUCAUUGCUCAUUCCGUUGCGACUUUCGCUGUGUCGUUCAAGGAUUUCCCCGAGCGUUCGAAGACGACAGCACUGGCCGCGUCUGAGCAACCUCGACGUUACCACGGCCGUUAUCUCAUUCUAUGAAUCUAGUCUAAUUAAAUAGAAAUUUUUGGCUACCUGGUCAAAUAGGAAUUAAAUCUUACCUAAUCUACAUGAAUACCUGGAACUUGUGUGAUCGAACUCGCAGUUUUUAUCAUUC